AAAAGCAAAACCACGAAUUGGUUUAAGACUUACACAAAGCUACACAUACAGAUAGAGAUCGAUCGUGACUUAAAACAAACACUGACGAACCUCAAAAGCCAUUAAUGGCAUCAUCACGAAUCAUAUCUCAUUCACCACCAAAUCUCCACCGUCAAUGUUCCCCUUUCGACACCGUUAAACCCCUUCCACCUCAAAAUCUCAAUCUCCCCCCAAAACGACACCGUAACCUCCGCAUUCACACUUCCCUUCGUAGUAGUAGUAGUCACAGUAAUAACGACCUCAACGACACCGUCGAAUUGCGAACAAACUCCGUUUCCGCCGUCUCAAACGACGUCGUUUCCAAAGAUCCGAUCUCUCUUCCUCGUCCUUUGUCUUCGAAUCAAUCAUCUACUGCUGUUUCCGAUGGUUCACGACUUCGUGUUGCAUAUCAGGGAGUUCGUGGUGCUUAUAGUGAAUCUGCUGCACAAAAGGCCUACCCUAAUUGUGAAGCUGUUCCUUGUGAACAAUUUGACACUGCUUUUGAAGCUGUAGAAAGGUGGCUUGUGGACAGAGCAGUUUUGCCAAUUGAGAAUUCUUUGGGAGGUAGCAUCCACAGAAAUUAUGACCUUUUACUCAGGCACAGACUACAUAUAGUAGGAGAAGUAAAAUAUGCAGUCCAUCAUUGUUUGAUGGCCAACCCUGGUGUUAAACUUGAGAAUUUGAAGCGUGUUCUUAGUCAUCCUCAGGCUCUUGCACAAUGUGAGAACACCUUGACUGGGUGGGGCUUAGUUAGAGAAGCAGUUGAUGAUACAGCCGGUGCUGCAAAGCAUGUUGCCCUCAAUAACCUACAAGAUGCAGGAGCUGUUGCUAGCUCUGCUGCUGCAGAGAUCUACGGCUUAAAUAUACUUGCUCAAGACAUUCAGGAUGAUAGUGAUAAUAUCACCCGGUUUUUAGUGUUGGCACGAGAACCUAUACUUCCAGGCAUAGACAGGCCAUUUAAGACAAGCAUAGUUUUUUCUUUAGAAGAGGGUCCUGGGAUACUUUUCAAGGCCCUUGCUGUUUUUGCUCUGCGUCAAAUUAAUCUUUCAAAGAUUGAAAGUCGUCCUUUGCGGAAGCAACCUCUAAGAACAUCUGAUGAUAAUAGCAAUAGGUACUUUGAUUAUCUUUUCUAUGUUGAUUUUGAAGCAUCAAUGGCUGAUCAGAAUGCACAAAAUGCCUUAAGGCAUCUAAAGGAGUUUGCUACAUUCUUGCGAGUGCUGGGGAGUUAUCCUAUGGACAUUAGCAUGACAUAAGUAAUCUCCAAAAGUGGACUUGCAGUUGCAGAUAUAGUUACUGUUUCAUACGGCACAGUUCUUCCAGCUGUUGAAUCAUGUUGAUGGAAAUACAGAGUUUACAAUGGUUCAAUAUACAGAUAAACAGAAAGCAGUAUCAGAUGUACAAGGUUCUUAAAAUUUUGAUGGGUGGUGGUAUUCAACAUUAUGAAUCCACAAGUUUGUUCAAACUUUUUCUCCUUGUUGUCCUCCCUGCCAAUUCUCUUGGAUAUUUUUAAAAUGUCAAUGGCUAAAUGCAAAUGAUACUUUUAUAGGAACUCGUGUAUUUAUGUCUUUUUGAAAACAAUGGAAACACAUUUUUGUACCCAAGAGGAGUCUGCACAUCGUCUACCAUUUGCUACAAUGCUACUUCUCAAGUGGUCCUGAUGAUUUUAGGAUCAAA